AUGGGCAAGAAGCAGACUAUGCCGCCCGGCGCGAAGAAGACUAAGAAUUCUGGACCUUACAAUCUGCCAGCGACCCGGAAGAAGAGCGGAACGAUCGAUUCUCUCUUGGCCAUGAAGUAUCGUCUGGGUAUAAUGAAAGCUUCACUUGCGUUCUACAACACUGCAGAGCUUCCACCUGUCUCUACAUCUUCCGUGGUUCAUACGGACGAAGGGGUGCACAACGGAGACUGCGGAAGCGCUUCGGACGGGGGGGCGUCAACCACGGAAAUCCUGCCGGCGACCGUCCCCGCCGAUACCACGUCAUCCGAUGCCCGAUCGAUUAUUCCUGCUGCCGAUGGGACCGCGACGCAUUCUUCCGAACAUUCCUUAGACCCCGACCUCUCCGCGUCACAGGAAGAACAUCAUCCUACCCCGGCCUCCGCUGCGCAAGAGCCUAACGAGACAGCACAGGAACCCGCUGUCGUCGUAGACGGAAACGUCAAGCAAGAUCUGAUGCGCCUUCUCGCAGAGUCCUGCGACGUCUUCAACAACAGUAAGGGGAUCCGAGCCGGUCUGGCUGAUGAGAUCAACGACUGCCUCGCGAAGCUCACCGACACUCAAACCCUGGUUUCGUAUCUCCUCGCUGAUCCACCGCCGCACUCAGACUCUCUGGACCCCAUGGACCGCGUUGACGAAGUGAUGAAUCGUGUGCCGCCGUUCGUCUGGUAUCUCGUCGACCACAUCACCGCAGCCUCUCCCGAGUGCAAGAUCGACGGCAUUACCCAGAUCCUAUACUCGUACGUUCUCACUCCGGAGGACCUGUGCUGGGUUCAGGUUCAGGCUACGAUCUCCAGGCUCGAGGUGGUCAAACGGUGUGGGCGUGGAAAGCGCUCGAAACGGGGCGUAACAGGUGGCACCACUGAAGAUCCUCCGUCGCUGGAAGAGCGGGUUGUCGAUCCGGAAGGCGCGGAGGUCGUUCCGCCAGCGGCCUCCACUUCCGAAGACACCAUUUCAGCCCGUCCGAAGCAUAAGUAUGCGUCUGGUCACGUUUCUUGCUUUGUUCCAGAUGUCUUGGUGUCCGCGGUUGAUGGCAGAGGCCGCCGAAUCAGUGUUCUUCUGAUUGUUGAGAACAAGCGUAUCGACAACCCCCUCCCCCAGAUCAUGGACUACGCCAAAGAGUUGCCCGGCGAGCCCGACACUGUAUUCAUUGGCGUCAAGAUCAGGGACGAAGGUGAAGGCCUCCAGGCCAUAUUUCUGCGUUGCGAGCGCAACAACCAUGGAGAUUUGGAAAUGGUUGUAAUCCGCGAAGAUGGCAAGACGGGGGAUUUUCCUGAGAUGGUCAAGGAUGCCUACGUCCGUGUCCACAGCCGUUUCUUCGUUCAGACGCUCUUGAACGUUCUCGAUCGUCACCGCGGUCAUAUGCAGACCCACAACUGA